GUUACGCAGUGCGCUGCGCGCGUGCGCACUGCCGUCGCCAGCCAGCGCUGGGCAGGCAGGGAGGGAGGGAGCGGCGCUCGCGCGCCUCGGGCCCGAGAGGAGACAGCGCCGGGCCGGGCCGCGCCGGCAGCAGGAAUCAUGACGACCUCAGGAAAAGAGAAUUUCCGACUGAAGAGCUACAAGAACAAAUCUCUAAACCCUGAUGAGAUGCGUCGCAGGCGGGAGGAAGAGGGUCUUCAGCUACGGAAGCAAAAGAGAGAGGAACAGUUGUUUAAACGCCGAAAUGUUGCAACGGCUGAAGAAGAAGCAGAGGAGGAAGUGAUGUCAGAUGGUGGCUUCCAUGAGGCUCAGAUGAACAACAUGGAGAUGACUUCUAGUGCAGUCAUCACCUCCGAUAUGAUUGAGAUGAUUUUCUCCAAUAGUCCAGAACAGCAGCUUUCAGCCACCCAGAAAUUCCGAAAGCUUCUUUCUAAAGAACCAAAUCCCCCAAUAGAUGAAGUCAUAAGCACACCAGGAGUGGUGGCCAGGUUUGUGGAGUUCCUCAAACGAAAAGAAAACUGUACAUUACAGUUUGAAGCUGCGUGGGUGCUGACAAAUAUUGCCUCGGGAAAUUCCCUUCAGACUCGAAUAGUGAUCCAAGCAGGAGCCGUCCCCAUCUUCAUAGAGCUGCUUAGUUCAGAGUUUGAAGAUGUACAGGAACAGGCAGUAUGGGCUCUUGGCAACAUAGCUGGAGACAGCACUAUGUGCAGAGACUAUGUAUUGGACUGUAAUAUCCUGCCCCCUUUAUUGCAAUUGCUUUCAAAACAGAACCGUCUCACUAUGACCCGAAAUGCUGUAUGGGCUCUAUCCAACCUCUGCAGAGGGAAAAAUCCACCUCCAGAUUUCGCCAAGGUUUCACCUUGUCUUAGUGUGCUUUCCUGGCUGCUCUUUGUCAAUGAUACAGAUGUAUUAGCAGAUGCCUGCUGGGCUUUGUCCUAUUUGUCUGAUGGUCCCAAUGAUAAAAUCCAGGCUGUGAUUGAUGCAGGAGUCUGCAGAAGACUUGUGGAAUUGCUGAUGCACAACGAUUACAAAGUUGUAUCUCCUGCCUUGCGAGCUGUUGGGAACAUCGUCACAGGAGAUGAUAUCCAGACCCAGGUAAUUCUGAAUUGUUCAGCGCUGCAAAGCUUACUACACUUGCUAAGUAGCCCAAAAGAAUCUAUCAAAAAGGAAGCAUGCUGGACAAUAUCUAAUAUAACAGCUGGAAACAGAGCCCAGAUCCAGACAGUCAUAGAUGCGCAUAUCUUUCCAGCUCUUAUAAAUAUUUUGCAAACGGCUGAGUUUCGGACAAGGAAGGAAGCUGCUUGGGCAAUCACGAAUGCAACAUCUGGAGGCUCUGCUGAACAAAUCAAGUAUUUAGUAGAACUGGGAUGCAUCAAACCGCUCUGCGACCUCCUGACAGUAAUGGACUCAAAGAUUGUGCAAGUAGCACUGAAUGGGCUGGAGAAUAUCCUGAGGCUUGGAGAGCAGGAAUCCAAACGCAGCGGCACUGGCAUCAAUCCCUACUGCGCUCUUAUUGAAGAAGCGUAUGGCCUGGACAAGAUUGAAUUCCUGCAGAGCCAUGAGAAUCAAGAGAUUUAUCAGAAGGCCUUUGAUCUGAUUGAGCACUACUUUGGAACAGAGGAUGAAGACAGCAGCAUUGCCCCACAGGUGGAUCUCAACCAGCAACAGUACAUCUUCCAGCAGUGUGAGGCUCCCAUGGAAGGCUUCCAGCUCUGAGGUGCCCCUGUGCUGUGUGCUCCUCUACCUAGCCAAUCCUGUUGUCGAGCCACAAGCCACCCGUGGAGUGAUUCUCUCAAUGUUUUCCAUAACCCUGUUUGCGCUCAUUCGCUUGCCUUGUGCACAUGCUCUUACAUACGUCUGGAAAACUUUUGGCUCUCCGUGGCAGGAUGCCCUCUCCUUGGCAAGGGGUCGCCAGAAUCACCCUUCUCUUCUAGAUUCUGAACCUCUCCACUGUCAUCUUCGUGGAGUUGAGGCACCUUUCUAUACUUUGAGAAAUUCCCUGCUCCUAUUACAGGAAAAUAAUCCCUCCUCCGUAGCCCCCACACUCCUGGCAUCCAAGAUAAGGCUGCUUUUCUCUUGUAUUUGCUGCAGUGCGUGCCUGCAGUCCAGGGAGACAUUCGGACUUUCCAAGAACGUAGCUGAAUUCAUUCCCCGUAUCAUCCCCUGGAUGCCUCUUUGGAUGGCUAUGUGAGAUGCGUUAAAUUUUCACAUGCGAUGUAUCUACUUUGCUGUAUGUGCCAGCUGGGGUUAUUGGCAUACAGAACAUGUUACAAAGAAUGGAAUAAGUUCUCUAUCCCCUGCAACAACAGGCUGCAAAGAACGUGUUUUCUGGUUCUUAAGAAUACCGAAGACAUCUGGCCCCAUCCCUUCUGAACACUGAGCUCCCAUGCUGGAUUGCAGACCACUGUGGAGAUUUGUAUACCUUCCCAGUCUUUCCAUCCACAAAAAGAGAGCCUGAGAACAGGUCACUCUUACCACCUGCCCAGAAAUGACUUUCCAAACCAGUCUCUAGAAUGGAGAAACUACCCUCACUUCUGCUUGCCAGCACAGUACGAUCCACCCGGGCUUCCUUAAAAAUCAAGCCCUUUCUGACUUCAUGCUCCAGAGUCUGGUCCUUGGUAUUAUAGCUAUGGCUGAAAAAUUCCUGUCUGCCUCUUCACAUUUUUACACAGCGUGACUUGAACAGAUUUAUCUUCUGAAAAAUUACCUUCUGAAUAUGGAAAUCUUCAUUUCUAAAACUUAGCACAAGGAGCGUUAGAUCUCCUUUUCAUUUUCACGAGACAAGAGCUUCCUCUCCAGCUCACCUGAUAAACGGAGUCCUCCUGGUCAGGCCCCUUAUUUAACAACUAAAAUGACACUACAGUCAAAGGAUAGUAACAUUACCCACGGAUCCGCCUGACCCUUUCAUUUCAUUUUUCCCUUUUGCUGUUUACGGGACUUCAGGUGAAUUAGCAUGGAACGCAUGGUUCCUACAGGUGACAUCUAUAAGACAUCGCUGACUGCAUGACAGCUGUCAUCUGCAGCUGCAGACUGCCCUUCUGCUAGCAGCAUGUUCUUGGCUCCGCAACCUGCUUGGAUCACAGACGUCUGAUGCAAAGGCCAGCCACUCCUCACUGAGUUCAGCUGACAUUGACACCAAACCCUUCACACAACUGGGGAGAUGCCACCUGAUUGAAAGUGGCAGUUCCAUUUCUGUAAACGCAAUGGAUUCUCCAGGCCGUCCGCUCCCCCCUGCAUCGGGCUGUGUUCUUUCAAGCCGUUUUGCACGCUUGGAACACACACUUGUCCAGUGUAAACAUUUCAAAAUUGCCACUGGCAACUGCAGCGUCAUGUACCUGCGGUGAAUGUUAGUGGCAGAACUGUCUGCAAGAUCCUCCUUAUGACUCCUCUCAGUGACAAGCCACUGCAAAAACAAAACCAGCCCAUUGGAUACAGAAUAAUAAACAUAUAUAAAUCACUUGUCAAACUGCUGAAAGAAGCUAGGCAAAGGCCUGAACAUCAGCUCUGUGUGACCAUUAUUUAAAUACAGUCUUCAGUUCUGUCUCUGCUUCAGGAUGGAGACUCUGACCUGUGUGGCCACUGCAGAGGCCACCUGCUGCCUCCCUAGCUAAGCCAGUUGGCCUCCACCUUCCCUCUCCCAGUUAUUUUCUCUAGUGCUGCUUUGUGCUGAAGGAACAUUUAGUUUACUGCACUUGAUCUGUAAAUGGACUUUGAUUCUUUGUAAUUUUAGGGGGUUAAAUUUGGUGGUUAAUUUAAAAAAAGAAAAAAACCCCUCAAUGUUGCCUUUACAUCACAUAUAAAUAACUGUGUUUCUCUUUUCUUGAAGGGUGAUAGAAGCACUGAUUAGUAGCAAAAUCUUGUUUUAGCUUUUGGAUUUUUUUGUGCUGGAUUUUUUUACGUGUAAAUUUCCAAUAACAUGUCAUUUCUAUAAGAUUUGUUUAAAAUCAUGUACCUCUUAUUGGAUGGUAUAAAAAUGCUACAUAUUUUGUAAACAAAUCUGAGCAAAGUGUGUGUGCAUAUAUUCUGUAUAUUCAUAUAUGUAUAUUCUGUGUAUAUAUACACUAGUGUGUAUAUAUACAUAUAUACACACACACGUAUAUAUAUACACACAUGCGUAUGUGUGUAUGUAUAUACAUAUCUAUAUAACUAUAUAUCUAUAUAUAUAUAAGUGUUUUCUCUUCCAGGCUAGUGAAAACAAUGUGGUGCAUUGGCGUUUCCUUCCCCCACCCCCCAAGAAAAUAAUGACAAUUGCCUCUAAAUGAGUGAAUUAAAAAAUAGUCCAUUUAAGCUGAAUGGUGUGCCUUCCUCUGUAAGGAGCCUGGCCAGUGUUUGUUACUUUUGCAGUGGAUAUGUGAAUUCAGACCAGAUAAGUAUAAAUCUUUAAACUUGGUAUGUUUGUUUGAAGUGACAGGCUUGGUUGACACAGGUAAUAUUGUUGUCAUAUAUACUUAGACUGUGUAAGGCAUUUGACUGGUACUGCAUAACAUUUUGACUGAAAACUAAAACAAUACAAAAAUCAACAUGGCACACAUUAAAUGGAUUAAAACGUGGCUAACUCACAGGUCUCGAUUUAAUUUUAAAUGGUGCUCAAUUGAGUGUAUUUCCAUCAGGAUCUUCCAGCAAUCAGUUCUUGGCCUUGCUUUACUUAGCCUUAUUGAUGGGUUGGUAAGAAACAAAAUCUACUUCAAACAAAGGCUGCAAACUCCGUGAGUAUGGAAGCGAGAUCAGACCUGUGAAUUAUGAAAGGAACAGCUCACUGAUACAGACUGAUCAGAAUUACUUGGUAAACCAGGGGCAAGUAAACUGUUUGCAUUUUAAUAGACCCACAUGUGUAGUGUUAUGUUACCCACCUAAUAAAUAAUAUUCAGGCCACAGGUGAAGGACUCCGUUUUGGAGGAAAAGCGCCUCUGAAAGAGUAUGAGGAUCAUUAUACGUUAUCACUCAAACACUAUUUCCUAACACAAUUCUGUGGCUAGUUUAAUGCUUAUAGAUACAAAAGGAAAUCUUUAGUAGAAAUGGGAAAUUUAUUUUAACUUUGUAUUUUACAUUGGUGCAACUUUUUUACAGGAACGCUCUCAGUGUUGCUAUCAGCAGCUAAAAAGGGUUGCUAAAAAUUUGGAACAGCAACAGCUUCUAAAAAGGUGUAAGUUCCAUUCAGAUGAGAAAUGGUUCUCAUCUCAUGCUUCCAUUCAGAUGAGAAAUUUUUUAGACUGACAUGAGAGUAACAAGGGUUAUGUGCCCUGCUAGGAAUAUUGAAACCAGUAUUCUUCGCUUUCCUGAAGGACGCACUGCUGCUCAAACAGGAACUUAGAAAAUGCUGCUAGUUUCCACUUUUGUGAAGGUGACACUGUUUUAAAUGAUCUGUUCUUGUUUUGUGUGUAGGUAGGAAACAGCAUGGUCUUACGUGUAGGGGACAGGCCAGGAAGCUGUUGAGGUUCUUGGUUUUUUCUCUGUGUGUAGUGCCAGAAGAGUGAUCUCACGUAUUUUCUUCUGCCCUUAUCCUCAACACGAAAGUUAAUGCAUUUGUUUUUGUCUGCUUGUGGAGAUCCAACCUAAGCACCUUCCGAAAGCCCCACAAGCUGGUAAGGUGAAAGGAUUGAUGAGAACAAGAAUCUCUGAGUUGUUCUUGCAGCGUCAGUUAAACUGGGCAUUAGAGAAAGGAAAAUGCAGGACUACCUGGAAUUGUUAUCUAGCCAUCCUGUCCGCACACCUGUAAUGCCUUUGAAGUGUUGUGUAUUUGUUGGGGCAGCAAACAGGAGCUAUAUUUUUUUCUGUUGGUAAACUCCCAGUGGGACGUGGCAGGCAGGAUCACUCUUUUGGGUUCAGGAGGAUGCAACGGACAAUGGAGCAGAAGAUUAUUGAAAGCUCAGUAACUAAGCCAGGACCGGUGCUUGGGGAUCCUGGGAAGACACCAUGCACACAAACAAUCCUUUGAGGGAACUGCUGCCUAGAGACUUUGGCCAGGUCUUUCAUUCCUGUAUUAGUUCCUUGAUGCCAACCAGCUACUGGUGGUCAAAGUCCCUUCGCUUAGUCUUAAGGGAAGGGAGGAAGGCACCGGCCCUGGAAAACCUAUAUGUUCUUGAACCUGCAUUUAUAUAACUACCAUCAUCGAGACUGUUACGAUCCAAGUCCCACCACCCAGUCCUAAAUGUGACAUUGCUUCUGGUGAUACACCUCCAUGCUUCCCUGAGGAUUUCCAGAGCAGCUGUUGUACCUCUGUGCCAGGUUUAAGUAAUUCCCGCAUCUUCCAGUAUGGUUUCUUUGCUUCUGGGAUUGGCACAACACAUCAGUAGUACCUUCCCAUGCCAGUCUUAGCCAGUAGACUUGAAGGUCUUUCUUUAGAUGCCCAAGUCUUAGUAGGAAAAUUAACAGGAGGUUUUUGUGUACUUCUCUGGCCAUGCUCAUAGGGCUCCUGCGUGCUCUUCUAAGGUGUCAUUCAAGUUGUCAAUUCAAUCAUGGCACUGGGAAAUUUCAGUUGCCUUUGAAACAGGUACAGCAAUAUGGCAUAUGGUAUAGGAUUGAUAAUUUGACUUUUUUGGAUAAAUGUGAAUGGUGUUGCAGACCAAGCCAAAGGGGAGAAAGAAAAGGAAAUGCUGUUUAAGGGCUUAGUAUGUUCCUCUCCAUCGGGCAUUGUUAAAAGGCUGUAGGCUAAAUCUAUGAGCUAAUCAGGUGAUCCGAGGUCUAUUAAGAAGUUCUCCAGUCAGUUAGACUGGCUGCCUAGGCCAGAAAUACGUGUUGUUUUUAAGCCGUUUUCUGUGUUUAGAAGUGCUUUCUUGGAAGCCAUCACACUAGGAAAGAGGUGAUUUCUUUCGUUGCCCCUCUGAGAAAGAUACAUGUAAUUUUUCUAAUGCCCAACUGCUUGCAAAGGAAAUUUGCAAAGGUUGUGAGCGAGCUGGAGACGGCACAAAGCCCAGUGGCUCAGGCUUUUAUUUGCGACUCUAGAGACCAUGUGGAAGCUGAAAGAAAAACCAAAGGUGUGCAGUGAUGCGCAGGUUUUACAGUAGAUACUGAAAUGGUGAAGAUACCAGAGGUAGAAGGAAAGGCUGUAUGACUUCUACAUGGACCUUCUGUCAAACCACUGGACCAGGGGUCAGUUUUCGAGUAGACAGCAUAAAGCUUAUAGAAAGUUAAGUAAAAUGAAAAACUAGUGACCACUGCUGCUCUGGGGGGUUGCUUUCUACGUGGUAUUUGACAUGGUUUUAUUUGAAACACUUUACCAGCUGGAUGAGUCCAAAUAGUUUUAUUUCCAAAACUAGGUGAGGUACCCGCCAGUUCUGUUCACAAGAGUGCGCUCGGAGGUGCUUAUUGAAAGGGGGAUACUUCUCAGAGAUGCAUGGUUUUAAGCUCUGCCAUCAUCAAGCAUAAAUGAAAUCACAAGUUUCUCUUCGUGGUAACCUGAACAGGUAAGCAGACUUUCUAGUAACUUACAAUCAUUUCGAUGAUGUUAAUCCAGGUGAUACAAUUAUUCCUGACUCAAGGACUCCCCUAAUAAUUGUUCUCUCUUACGCAAAGAGGAACAUGUGGAAUACUUUAGGCAGGCUGUAACAAUAGAGAAUACAUACAGCACCAUACUUCCUGAAUGGACCUGAAAUAGUCAGUAAUAGUGGAUGACUGUCCAGCGAAAGUAUUUGGAAAUCUAAUGGGCUGUCCUUUUGUGUCCGUUACCUUUUCUUAAGUGGUAACUGGCUGGAUGGCUGGGCCCAGAGAGUGGUGGUGAAUGGAGUUAAAUCCAGUUAGCGGCCAGUCACAAGUGGUGU